AUGGGAACUAUGGGUGUGAUGGUUAUGUAUGCGGUUGAGGUCCAAGUGCGAGGCCUCCGGGAAAUGUUGGUUGAGCUCAAGCCUGGGAUGGCGCGAGGCUCCGGGCACAGCAGCAGGGUGUUUAGCGUCAAGUUUCACCAAGACGAUUCGAACACUCUCGUCAGCGGCGGUUGGGACAACUGCGUACAAGUGUGGGACGUUGAAACGGCCACCACUGUGACGACCGCCUUCGGCCCCCACAUCUGCGGAGAUGCUGUGGGAGUGUUCGGUCGGACCAUUGUAACGGGCUCUUGGCGUGACGAGUCUCAGCUGGAAGCUUGGGACAUGGACUCUGGGAAGGCCAGCGGCCCCUCCUUCUGGAGCGGAAGCGGCAAGGGGGCGCUAUUGCAGCAAGCCUUGCGUCGCAGGUAG